AUGUCGGCACAACAGCCAUUUCAAUCUCAUGGCUUCAAUACCUCCAUCGAUCUCGUGCGCAGACAGGCUUACAGUGUGCCUUCGUUGGCAGGUCACAAGCGCCCUCCAGAGUCCCCGUCAGGUGAUCCGCCGUCCAAGACAUCCACCUCGGGCGUCCAUCAUGGCCUGAAUACCUUCAAUCAGCCAAAUCCCGGCUAUCAUCAGGCUUCCUCAGUUUCUCCUCCCGUAGGUUUUGCUCGUCCCUCAGUUGAUCAAUUACGGGGUCGUCUGAUCGCCAGUGAGAUCCAUCCUAUGACUGCUGCAGCGGGGGACGACCACCGCAGCAUAGAGGAACAGGCGCCCCCAUCAUCAAGCCAGAAUCCGCUAUUGUCACUCAAAGAUUCCCGAUAUGGUCUGCCAUCAUCAUUGGUCGCGAAUUUCGCGGCCCUGGGUGUCAGCAGUAUCUACGGAUGGCAAGCUUCCUGUCUACUAGCCAACGGGCUGCUGACGGGUGAGCGCCACCUGGUCUACACGGCUCCCACUGGCGGUGGAAAAUCAUUGGUCGCCGACGUUUUGAUGCUGAAACGCAUCAUUGAUAAUCCGUCCAAAAAAGCUAUCUUGGUAUUGCCUUAUGUUGCUCUAGUCCAGGAGAAGCUCAAGUGGCUGCGGCGCAUUGUGCAGGACGUGGACAAACGUGUUCCUGAUUAUCAUGAUACAGAUACGAAGCCGGCCUAUAAGCACUGGCAGAAGCAACAUAAGUCUAUCCGUAUUACUGGUUAUUUUGGUGGGAAUAGGAUCACCGCCUCUUGGGCAGAUACGGAUAUUGCUGUUUGCACGAUUGAAAAGGCCAAUUCUUUGAUCAAUACCGCCAUCGAAGAAUGCAGCAUUGGCGAUUUAGGUGUCGUUGUUCUGGACGAGCUUCAUAUGCUGGACGAUGAACACCGUGGUUAUCUUUUGGAACUCAUGGUUACCAAAUUACUAUUGCUCCAACAGGAUAUACAGAUAAUCGGAAUGAGUGCCACUCUUUCGAACACCGAAUUGCUGGCAGAAUGGAUGAAUGCCAAAUUCUUCAUCUCGACUUAUCGACCAGUUCCAAUUGACGAGUAUCUAAUCUACGAAAAUGCGAUCUACCCAGCGGCAACAUCGAGACAGCUCUUCCAGACUAUCUCCAAACUAAGAUCCGCGUCAGCGGAAGCUCUGACAAAGACUAUGCCCCCACACCGAAUGAUCGAGCGUUCCACGUUCCGGGAACUCUCGAAUCCCAUGACAAACUCAAUGGUCGCUUUAGCUGUUCACACAGCCAUUGCUGGAUACGGCGCGUUGGUGUUCUGCGGCAGUCGCCAAGCUUGUCAGCUCCAUGCGGCUAUUAUAGGCGAGGCUAUGCCAGGAACUACUGACGUGGAUCCAGCCGAGUUGAGCAAACGGUUAGACUUGUUAGCUGAAUUACGCAGUCUGCCAAGUGGUCUCGAUCCGGCUCUUGAAACUACACUCAUCAAGGGAGUUGGCUUUCAUCAUGCGGGCAUGACGACUGAAGAACGAGAAUCCAUCGCUCAAGCUUACGAUCAAGGUGCCUUGAAAGUACUCGUCGCCACGUGCAGUCUCGCGGCUGGCGUCAACCUCCCAGCAAGAAGAGUCAUCAUAAACGGUGCACGAAUGGGUCGCGAGUUGGUCGGCCCUGCAAUGUUACGACAAAUGUGUGGACGCGCUGGACGCAAAGGAAAGGACGAAGCUGGAGAGACGUACCUUAUAUGUGGAAAAGCGGAUUUAGAAGCCGUAUGUGAUCUGUUGGAAGCUGAUAUGCCCGCCAUCGCCAGCUGUCUAGCUCCGGAGAAGCGGGGACUCAAGAGGGCACUUUUGGAAGCAGUAGCAACCAGGCUGGCUUCUGGUUGCGAAGCAAUUAAGGAAUAUGUGAAAUGCACUCUCCUUUGCCGGACAUUGGACAAGAAAAUUGCAUAUAGCAUCAUGGAUUCCGCACUACGAGAACUAGUCGAUGAAAAACUUCUGCGCCUCACAGAUGACGAAUCAUACGAGGCAACACAACUUGGACAAGCGGUUGUCGCAUCCGCAUUCGCACCCGAAGACGGUCUGUUCGUAUAUGAAGAACUAAAGAAAGCAUUACAGGCCUUCGUUAUGGACGGCGAUAUGCACAUUUUCUACAUGUUUACCCCUCUGCAAGUAGCGGCAAGCACCCAAAUCGAUUGGCAGAUAUUCCGGGAUCAGUUGGAUUUUCUUGACGAGAGUGGCCUUCGUGCGCUGCAGUUCGUUGGUGUUUCGCCAGGUUUUGUCAACACCAUGGUCCAAUCCGGUGCCACCCUAAAAGAAACCACUCCUGAGCAGAUCAACGUCGCCCGCAUCUACCGCCGCGCCUACACAGCCUUCCAACUCCGCGACCUCUCGAACGAAGUCCCUCUCUCCACAAUUGCUACCCGCUACCGCAUCCCCCGCGGUACCGUCCAAACCCUAGCCCAGCAGUGCCAUGGCUUCGCCGCAGGUAUCGUCAAGUUCUGUCAACGCAUGGACUGGGGCAUGCUAGCGGCUGUCCUGGACCAUAUGCGUGAUCGACUGGAAGCAGGGGCAUGUGCAGAUCUCUUGGAGAUGGCACAGGUUACUUAUGUUAAGGGGUGGACGGCGAGGCUGUUGCGGGAGAACGGGUUUAAGGGGCUGAGGGCGUUAGCGGAGGCAGAUCCGAAGGAUCUUGUUCCGGUCUUGACGAUGGUGAACCCACGGAAAUCGCAGAAAAGCCAGUUACAUCCAACAGAGGCAGAGCGGUACUCUGCGAAGUUACUUGCCAAAGCGGAGAUUAUUGUUGCGUCGGCAAAUAAGAUUUGGGAACGUGAGAUGCAAAUUGAUUUGGAGGAGUAG